AUGACGGCCACACCCGAUUCGAAGCGCCGCGAUACGCGGCCACCCAAGCGGAAGAGGGACCCGGCGGAGAUUGAACGGCACAUGAAGGCUCGACAAAAGCGCAUGAAGAACCAGAAUAGCGAGACUGUCGGUCUCUUGGAUAGCCCAAAGGCCUCCAAGUCCUCGAAGCCCCAAAAUCCCUCGCGGAUGCUGAAGAAUCUGUCCAAAACGGGGUCACCCCAAGCCGAGCUCUGGAUAGAAGAUAUUGAUCCUCUGUUAAGUGGGGACGAAAGGUAUCUUAUCCUGGCAUACUCGACCUCAAUCCAGGUAUAUACGACGGCCGAUUCUCUCCUUAUACGGCGCAUUCCCAUAAAGCCGCCUCAGAAUACGCCCUUUGAGAUUGUUGCUGCUCGUCUCUCCGCUCAAAAUGGCAGCCACCUUUGGGUUGCUUGUUCGGAUGGUCGGCUUUGGCUGAUCGACUGGACGAACGGCUCAGUUCUACGCGAGCCCGUGAUCACCAAAUCACACUCUGCCGUCGAUAUGAUACUCCUUAAUCUCAAGAUUGGGAAGAAUCAGCGCGAGAUUCCCGUGGUCUCGGAGCACUUGAAGGAGGGACGCAAUACCCUGGUGGCGUACAAUUAUCAGAGCACUGACGAAAGCAAAACCAGCAAAAUGCUCGCGGCGCUUUCGCACGCUGGCCAAAAGAUCCAUAGCCUCGUUGCGGUGAAUGAUUCACGUGUUCUGCUCGCCGCGACCAAAUCGACGCUCAUUGUAGGAGUUGCGAGCGGCAAGUUCUCGUCCUUCUCUGACUUCUCCUAUACCUUUUAUAACUUUGAGACCAACGACAUCAUCACCUGCCUUGACGCCCGGGUCUCCACAACAACAAAACCCUAA